AUGCCCGUUGCCACUCAGGCAUCAUUAAAGGGCCUCACCCCAGAGCAGCUGGAGGAGACGAGCUGUCGGCUCUGCCUCAAUAACACGUAUCAUCUCGGCCUGAAGCCAGGUCAAGAAGUGCUAGACGCUGUUGGUGGCGCACAUAAGCUUCAGGGCUGGAAUCAUAAUAUUCUCACAGAUAGUGGCGGUUUCCAAAUGGUGAGUUUGCUGAAGCUGGCUACCAUCACAGAGGAGGGUGUUCGCUUUCUGAGUCCACAUGAUGGAUCGCCAAUGCUACUCACACCCGAGCACUCCAUGUCAUUACAAAACUCGAUUGGCAGCGACAUAAUGAUGCAACUAGACGAUGUCAUUGUCACAACGUCGCCGGACAAGGAACGCAUGCGGGAAGCCAUGUUGAGGAGCGUACGCUGGCUCGACCGAUGCAUUGCAGCACACAAGAAGCCCGAGACACAAAACCUCUUUUGCAUCAUCCAGGGCGGUCUGGAUCUCGAGAUGCGCAAAGAGUGCUGCAAGGAAAUGGUCGCCCGAGACACCCCCGGUAUCGCCAUCGGUGGUCUCAGCGGCGGCGAGGCCAAGGACGACUUUUGCCGCGUGGUGGGAACUUGCACAGCCCUGCUGCCCGAGCUAAAGCCGCGCUAUGUCAUGGGCAUUGGCUAUCCGGAGGAUUUGGUGGUCUGCGUCGCCCUGGGCGCCGACAUGUUUGACUGCGUGUGGCCGACGCGGACGGCGCGGUUCGGCAACGCCAUCACGAAGCAGGGCGUGCUCAACAUCCGCAAUGCCAAAUUCGGCCAGGACUUUGGCCCGAUUGAGGAGGGCUGCGGGUGCGAGUGCUGCCGCGAGGGCGGCCUGGGCAUCACCAGGGCAUAUAUUUACCACAACACGUCCAAGGAGACGGUGGCGGCGCAUCUUCUCACGAUCCACAACGUUUGGUAUCAGCUGAACCUCAUGCGUGAGAUGCGCGAUGCCAUUCUUGACGAUCGGUUCCCGGCGUAUAUCAAGGAGUUCUUUGCUGGGCUAUAUCAGGAUAAGAGCGAGUACCCUAGUUGGGCGGUGGAGAGCUUGAAGACUGUUAAUGUAGAUUUGCUAGCAGCAUAA